AUGCUUUGUCUAAAUGGUCGCCAUUUUGGACUCAGAAGUGGUUCCAAAUACCUACUAAUACACACCAGAUCUCAGUCUUCCCAACCCAGUCCUAAAGAUCUCGAGAAAAAAUGGACAAAGAUAUGGAGAGAUCUUUCCCCAACAAAUUCGUUACAUCCAACUAAACACUUAUCAGAAGAAAACUCACCAAAAUACUAUGGUCUUACAAUGUUUCCAUAUCCGUCAGGAUUAUUACACUUGGGUCAUCUUAGAGUAUAUACUAUCAGUGAUGUGGUAGCGAGAUAUAAACGUCUUAAGGGCUUUAAUGUUAUCCACCCUAUGGGUUGGGAUGCAUUUGGGUUACCAGCUGAAAAUGCUGCAGUGGAACGUGGAAUUGAUCCAGCGGUAUGGACGGACACUAAUAUCGAAAAGAUGAAAGAACAAAUGGGUCUCAUGUUGGCUGAUUUUGAUUGGGAUCGUGAAUUGUCUACAUGUUCUCCAGAUUAUUAUAAAUGGACUCAGAAAAUCUUCUUAUUAUUACAUGAGCAUGGACUUGCGUAUAGAAAAAAUGCUGAAAUCAACUGGGAUCCAGUGGAUAAAACUGUAUUGGCUAACGAACAAGUUGAUGCCGAAGGAAGAUCAUGGAGAAGUGGAGCUAUAGUUGAAAAGAAAAAUCUCGAACAAUGGUUUAUUGGAAUUACUAAAUAUGCACACGACUUAAAUAAGGAUCUAAAAUUAUUAAACGAAUGGCCAGAUAAAGUCAAAACAAUGCAAAAGAAUUGGAUAGGAGAGUCUACAGGUGCAGAAAUUAUAUUCCCUACUACAAAUCAAAACAUACCUGAAUUAACUGUUUUUACUUCAAGACCAGAUACUUUAUUCAGUGUUCAAUUCCUUGCUAUAUCAGUCAGUCAUCCACUUGUAACCGAAUAUAUAACCAAAGAUGCUCAUUUGAGAGAAUUUUUAGAUAAAGUCAAAGAUGCAGAAUCAGAUUCAAAAGAAGGAUAUUUGUUGCCAGGGGUGCAAGUUAGUAUUCCUAUGGAUCAGAAGAAUAACAAAUCCUCCAAAUAUAAUGUUCCGGUGUAUGUUGCUCCCUACGUUUUAGGAACAUAUGGUCAUGGUGCUGUUAUGGGUUGUCCUGGUCAUGACGAAAGAGAUUAUGAUUUCUGGACAAAGCAUAAUCCAACGAAACCAAUUAUUCAAGUUGUUGGUUCAAAGGAUGUUAAUGAUAUCGUUGACUUACCUUUCACAAAGAAAGAUGGAAUCUUAUAUAACAGAUCAGUUUUGAAGGCUACUGGAGUAGAAGAUAUUGGUGAAUAUGAAGGAAAAACAGUUAAACAAGCUGGUUCUUCGAUCGUGCAUAAUCUUCAAAGUAUUGGUCUCGGUGGUAAAUCUACGCAAUACAAGAUCAGAGAUUGGUUAAUAAGUAGACAAAGAUAUUGGGGUGCUCCAAUCCCAAUGAUUCAUUGUCAUGAUUGUGGUAUUGUUCCUGUCCCAGAUAAAGAUCUCCCAGUUUUAUUACCAUCAACUGAAGGGUUUGAGUUUGGUAAAGGUAAUCCAUUAGAGAAAGCCGAGAGUUUCUUAAAUGUCGAGUGUCCUUCUUGUGGAGAACACGCAAAAAGGGACACUGAUACUAUGGAUACUUUUAUGGAUUCAUCGUGGUAUUUCUUCCGUUAUCUUGACUCAAAAAACGACAAUGUUCCAUUCGAUUCAAAGGUUGUAUCAAAAUCUAUGCCAGUAGAUAUGUAUAUUGGUGGUGUGGAACAUGCUAUUCUUCAUUUACUUUAUACUAGAUUUAUCUCUAAAUUCUUAGGUGAUAUAGGUUUGUGGAACGGCGAACAAGUUAACAACGAGCCAAUUAAAAAAUUGGUGACUCAAGGAAUGGUACAAGGGAAGACUUAUAAAGACCCAGAUAAUGAUCGUUUCUUGAAACCAGAAGAAAUUGAUUUAUCUGAUUCUAAGAAUCCAAGAGUAAAAGCUACAGGAAAAAUAGCCAACUCUUCUUAUGAAAAGAUGUCUAAAUCUAAGUAUAAUGGUGUUGAUCCUGGUGAAUGUAUUAGCAAGUACGGAGCUGAUACCGUGAGAGCACAUAUGUUAUUUCAAGCUCCUGUCUCAGAUAUUUUAAAUUGGAACGAAGAGCAGAUAGUUGGUGUAGACAGAUGGUUAAAAAAGGUAACCAACUUACAAUCUCAAAUUGCAGAUAAGUUAUCAGCUACAGUUAAUGUUGGAAACAAAGAAAUUGAGUUACAUAAUGUUGAAGUGCAGGGCCAAGUGAAAGAGUCAUACAGCUUCACUAAAGCUGAAUUUGAAUUAUUCAAAGAUGUUCAAUCUCACUUGAAGGAUAUAUCAGAGGCCAUUGAAAUCGAUUUAUCUCUCAAUACGGUAAUCUCAGAUUUGAUGAAAUUCACAAACCGUAUUAUUGCUGCCGUCAAAUCAGAAGAUGCCUAUUCUCAAGAUAUCUUAAUCGAUGCUUAUAAGAAAUUAUUGAUUUCAAUGUCACCAGUAACUCCAUGUACUUCUGAAGAAUGCUGGGAAUUAUUGUCAAAGUUAGAAAAUAAGGAGUGGAGCUCAAUCCUCAAUGAAAAAUUUCCAAAUAUAAAGACAAUUGAAUCGCAAUUUGCGGUAUAUAAUAUUUUCAUCAAUGGUAGAGCAAGAGCCAGCUUUGAGCAAAGUAAAGAUUUCAUAAGCUUAUCGGAAUCAGAUAUUCUUAAGGAGAUAAAAAAUUAUGGGAAUAUAAAAGAAUUGAUCAAGAAUAAAGAGAUCAAAAGAAUAAUUAUAAAGCCAGGUAUGAUUAGCUUGGUGCUUGCUAAAUAG